AUGCAGUUCGCUUUUGUUGGCUUGAUUUUAGUCGUCUGGUUUGUAUACCGGUUCUGGAAGUGGCACCGGCAUCCCCUCCGGAAGUUUCCAGGCCCUUUGUCGGCAUCAAUCAGUAAUUCCCUGUAUUCAUGGAACUUCAUGAGCGGUCGGCAGCCAUACCGGCAGCUCGAGCUCCACAAUCGAUAUGGUCCCGUUGUCCGGAUAGCUCCGAAUGAGCUUAGCUUCAACACAUCCAGCUCAUGGCGCGAUAUUUAUGGUAUCCGCAAGGACGUUGAACCGUUCAUCAAGAGCGAGUUCUACGAUGGAGGCAACUUCGCUGCAGAAGCCCUCUCCAUAGUGAGCGAGCGAGACCCGAAAAAGCACGCUGAAAUGCGCAAGUAUUUGGCGAGUGCCUUUUCUGACCGCACGCUUAAAUCGCAAGAGCCACUUAUAGCAGAGACGGUCGACAGAUUAGUGGAAAAGCUAAGUCAGGCCGGCCAAACGGCACAGGGUACCGAUAUGGUGAUGUGGUAUAAUCUUACGACGUUCGAUAUCAUUGGCAGUCUAGCCUUCGGACAGGAUUUCGGUGGUGUUGAGUCUGGCACUCAGCACUUUUGGGUUUCAAUUGUAACGAAGAGUCUCCGCUUGGGUGCUCUGGCUGAUUGCUUUCGACGAUUUCCAGCCCUAUCCAUCAUCGUUCAGACAAUAUUCUCUGGCAUGAUCAACAAGUUGAUGGAGGAGAACCGGAAACAUCAGAAAUAUACUGCAGAACUUGUUCAAAGACGGCUGGCCUCUCGCUCAGGGAGGAAGGAUUUUCUUACCAAGAUCAUUGAGGCACGAGCCGAAGCUAAUAUCCCCGAUGUGCAAAUUGCAGCUCACUCGUCUGACUUUGUAAUCGCUGGAAGUGAAACAACUGCGACCACCCUUUCCUGCAUGACGUAUUAUCUACUGAAAAACCCAGAGAUGAUGUGUCGUCUCCAGGUAGAGGUACGUUCUGCAUUCACCAGCUACGAGGAGAUCGAUGCAGCUAGCGCCGCCCAACUUGUCUAUCUCAAAGCUGUCGCGCAGGAGGCUAUGCGGAUGUACCCACCGUUACCGUUCGCACUGCCACGAGUUGUGCCUCGUGGUGGGAGCACGGUGGAUGGUCAUUUCGUCCCAGAGGGAACCAUCGUUUCGACCAGCCCCUUUGCGGCGAGCAUGUCGUCGUCCAACUUUUCUAAUCCCUGGGAAUUCAACCCAGACCGAUGGCUUGGACCUAGCAAAACCGACGAUCUCGAGGCGUCCCAGCCAUUUUCUCUGGGUUCACGGUCAUGCAUGGGUCGGAGUCUCGGAUGGAUGGAGCUGCAAACUAUCAUGGCAAAAAUUAUCUUCCGUUAUGACCUGGAACUAGUGGAUGAGAAGCUCGAUUGGCAGGCGGAGUCGCGAAUGCAUACACUCUGGGAGAAGCCAUCACUUAUGGUCAAAGUUCUUCCUCGGAAGGAGUAG